UUUCACUUAUGGCAUUGUCAUUAGUGCAUUGUUAUAUGUUUCAAGAGCUUUCGAGAGGUUGAAAGACGGGGAAAGAAGACGACGUGGAAGGAGACGAUCUUUUUUUCAUCUCUCUCUUUCUCUUUCUUACUAGCUCCGCUUUUUUUUUCUCCGCCGUGAGAAUUUAUCAUCGCCGUCGCUGUUCGUUGCCCAAACCCCUAGGGUUCAUCCUCGACGCUUCCUUGGAUUAUUAGGUCAAGGAUUUCGUCGGAUCUGGUUAGAGUUUUUGUCCGCUGUGUUGACAGGAGAGCGGAGCUGCCUCAGAUGGCGUUGUCAGCUUCCGAUUUACCGGCUAUGUACUCAUUGCUAGCAAAUUCUAUGAGCGGCGACGAGACCGUUCGGCGGCCGGCGGAGGCGGCUCUUUCCCAGUCGGAGAGUAGACCUGGUUUUUGUUCCUGCCUCAUGGAAGUAAUUGCAUCCAAGGAUUUGGUGUCUCAUGUGGACGUUAGAUUGAUGGCAUCUGUAUAUUUCAAAAACAGUAUUAACCGUCAUUGGAAGAGCAGACGAAAUUCUUCAGGUAUAAGCAACGAGGAGAAGAUUCAUCUGAGGCAGAAAUUGUUGUCUCACUUGAGAGAAGAGAACUACCAGAUAGCGGAAAUGUUGGCUGUUCUCAUAUCAAAGAUAGCCCGCUUUGAUUAUCCUAGGGAAUGGCCUGAUCUCUUUUCGGUGCUGGCGCAACAGCUUCACUCAGCUGACGUUCUUGCUUCUCACAGAAUCUUUAUGAUUCUUUUUCGAACCUUAAAGGAAUUGUCCACUAAACGUCUCACAGCAGAUCAGAGAACUUUCGCCGAGAUCUCGUCGCAACUCUUUGACUUUAGUUGGCACCUUUGGCAAACUGAUGUCCAAACAAUUCUACAUGGCUUUUCAACAAUGGCUCAGAGCUAUGGUUCAAAUAGUGCCGAACAGCAUCACGAUGAGCUUUUUCUGACUUGUGAAAGGUGGUUUUUAUGCUUGAAAAUAGUGCGCCAACUCAUAAUUUCAGGAUUUCAAAGCGAUGCCAGAACUAUUCAGGAGAUUCAACAAGUCAAAGAAGUCUCUCCUGUGCUCUUGAAUGCGGUUCAAUCGUUUCUUCCAUAUUAUUCAUCUUUUCAGAAUCGAGAUCCUAAAUUCUGGAAGUUUGUAAAGAAGGCAUGUGUCAAGCUGAUGAAAGUGUUAGGCGCAAUUCAAAGCAGGCAUCCUUAUUCGUUUGGUGAUAAAUGCGUUCUUCCAGUCGUAGUGGAUUUCUGCUUAAACAAGAUAACAGACCCUGAACAGGCAUCGUUGCCGUUUGAUGAAUUUUUAAUUCAGUGUAUGGUCAUGGUGAAAUCUGUGCUUGAAUGUAAAGAAUAUAAGCCUAGCUUAACUGGUCGCGUGAUGGAUGAAAAUGGUGUUACAUUUGAGCAACGGAAGAAGAAUGCUUCAAACACAGUUGGUGGCAUUGUGUCUUCACUUUUACCCAAUGAAAGGAUAGUUCUAUUGUGCAACAUACUUGUGAGAAGGUAUUUUGUCCUAACAGCAAGUGACCUAGAAGAGUGGUACCAGAACCCUGAGUCCUUUCAUCAUGAGCAGGACAUGAUUCAGUGGUCCGAGAAAUUGAGGCCUUGUGCGGAAGCUCUAUAUAUGGUUUUGUUUGAGAACUACAGCCAACUCUUAGGACCUGUUGUUGUGUCCAUCCUUCAAGAGGCAAUGAAUAAUUGUCCCCCUUCUGUUACUGAAAUAAAUCCGGCACUGCUUCUUAAAGAUGCAGCAUAUGCUGCUACUGCAUAUGUCUACUAUGAGCUCUCAAAUUAUCUUAAUUUCAGAGAUUGGUUUAAUGGUGCACUAUCCCUUGAGCUGUCAAAUGACCAUCCAAAUAGGCGUAUUAUCCACCGAAAAGUUGCUAUGAUAUUGGGACAUUGGGUUUCAGAGAUUAAAGAUGACACAAAAAGAGCAGUUUAUUGUUCUUUGAUCAAAUUGUUGCAAGACAAUGACCUCGCUGUCAAGCUGGCAGCUAGUAGGUCAUUAUGCUUGCACGUUGAGGAUGCAAACUUUUCGGAGCAAAAUUUUAUCGAUCUUCUUCCAAUCUGUUGGGAAUCAUGUUUCAAAAUGGUUGAGGAAGUUCAAGAGUUUGAUUCGAAGGUUCAAGUUCUGAACUUGAUUUCUAUUCUUAUUGGCCAUGUUAGUGAAGUCAUUCCGUACGCACAAAAGUUGGUGCAAUUUUUCCAGAAGGUUUGGGAGGAGUCUUCUGGUGAAAGCCUUCUACAGAUUCAGCUUCUUGUUGCACUGCGUAAUUUUGUGAUUGCGCUUGGUUAUCAGUCUCCAAUUUGCUAUAGCAUACUGCUCCCAAUACUCCAAAAGGGCAUCGACAUAAAUAGCCCUGAUGCCCUCAACCUUCUGGAGGAUAGCAUGGCAUUAUGGGAAACUACACUUUCCUAUGCACCAAUGAUGGUGCCCCAGCUAUUAGCAUGCUUUCCCUAUAUGGUGGAGAUCAUUGAAAGAAGUUUUGAUCAUUUACAGGUUGCUGUCAGUAUCAUGGAAUCAUACAUCAUUUUGGAUGGAGGGGAAUUUCUUAAUAUGCAUGCUUCAAGUGUCGCAAAGAUUCUUGAUCUUAUUGUUGGAAAUGUGAAUGAUAAGGGGUUACUCUCGAUUCUUCCAGUGAUUGACAUCUUAGUUCAGUGUUUCCCUGUGGAAGUGCCCCCUCUCAUAAGCAGCUGUUUGCAGAAACUGGUGAUUGUUUGCUUGAGUGGAGGAGAUGAUCGAGAUCCAUCUAAGACUGCAGUCACAGUGUCUUCAGCUGCUAUCCUAGCAAGGAUUCUGGUGAUGAACACCACAUACUUGGCCCAGUUAACAUCGGAAUCAUCUCUCUCAGUGUUACUCCAACAAGCAGGGGCCACGAUCGAAGACAACGUACUCCUUUCCCUCAUCGACAUUUGGCUUGACAAGGUGGAUCAUGCGUCUCCCAUGCAAAAAAAGACAUUUGGCUUGGCUCUUUCCAUAAUACUUACACUUAGAAUGCCUCAAGUUCUUGACAAGCUUGAUCAAAUACUAAGUACAUGUACGAGUGUGAUCCUUGGUGGAGAUAAAGAUCUAACAGAAGAAGAAUCAAGCGGUGACAUGAGCUCAAGCAGGUCUCAAGGAGAAGAAGCCCCACCUAGCAAAGAGUUACGGAAAAGUCAGAUCAAAGUUUCGGAUCCGAUCUACCAGAUGUCACUGGAGAACUCAGUGCGUGAGAACCUCCAGACAUGUUCCACACUUCAUGGAGAUGCCUUUAAUUCUGCCAUUAGUAUGAUGCACCCAUCAGCACUUUCACAAGUGAAGCAAGCCUUAAAGCUACCGUGAUUAAAUGUCUUUUACCUUUUCACUGUCGGUUUCCUUAUCACUUACAGAGCAAGCAGUAUCCAAGUGAGUGAGGUUUUCUGGUCUUUGCCCUUACGGAUUUUUAUGGGUGUGUCACAUAGGCGCGCGUGUUGCAUUGUGUCCUCUGCAACCUUGGCGGUUUGUAUAUAUCUUUGGUGAGGUGCGUCUGUUUUAACUCCCAGUGCGAUUUUUGCCCUACAAGGACAAAAGGAUGCGUCGCUAUAACAACUCUCUUUUUUGUUUUUGCUUUCCUCUGCUUGAGUUUAUUAUGACAAUUCAUUCUUUCUAUACAACGUUCUCGUCCUAAUGUUUCAAAAGCAAAACCAAAAUAGGUGAGCGAGUCCAAAAUUAGGGAAAUCUUUAGGAUGUAUCCGUGUCUUUCUAUAUACGAAGGAAAAGGUCGGAGUUUUAGUUUCAUUCUUCACUUUUCAACUCUCUUCUUCAUGUAUUACUAUCAAUUAAGAACAAUUUCCAAAAUUUUGGUUUCAUUAUUCCGUCGAUGGAGAAUAUCCAUGCCGUCGUUCAUAAAGUUUGCUCCAACAAGCUGUUGCACAUCUCACGUAUUCUAGUUUCUUCCGCCUUGGUCGUGUAAUUCUUUUUCAUCAAGACUUUGUAUACACUUUGUAAGAGGUGGCCUCAAAAUAAAUGCUAUAUAUUAAAGAACAUUUCAGUGCAAAUUAUAGACUUUAAGGCGUUAAAAGCCCAUAUGGGUGGAUCAAAUUAAUCAGACAUCGUUUAACCAUACAAAUGUCUCAAUGUUGAGCCCCUUAUAAUAUGGAUAUUGUCGUGGGCAAGAUCGACUGAAACAAAAACUGAUCUUCUUUUCCAAGGAAACACAGGCUCCGUGUACUAAGAAAUUCUUAUUAAUGAUGACUGAUGACCAAGAAAUACAAAAUGUGAAUUAUGUAAUAUUAAAUCACCUUUUUCUCUAAAUGUUCUUCAAGGCUCUUCACUUCCGGUACUGUCGAAUCUCUUUUACAACGCCGUCGGUCAACGAGUCAACAUCGUGAUUCUUCCCGUAGAAUUUCACAAAAUUCAUCUCCGGGCUCAUCAAGUACAUGACAAUAGAGUGAUCAACAAGAUAGUCUGAAUCUUCCUCUUCUGUCUUCAUGUAGUAAACUCGGUAAGAACGGGCCACCGAUUUGAUUUCUUCAGGGCUUCCGGUUAACCCGACCAAUUUCGGAUGAAAUUCUACCAGAUAUUCAUGUACUUGCUGAACUGUGUCUCGUUCAGGAUCCACAGAGAUAAACACCGGCACCACGUCUACGCCGGACUUUUCCUCUAUUUUGUCAAUGGCUGCAGCUAGCUUAAUAAGCUCGUCAGGACAGAUAUCAGGACAAUGAGUGAACCCAAAGUAUAAGAUGGUCCAUUUUCCCAUCAAGUCUUUCUCCGUAAUACGUUUCCCAUCGUCUCUUAUAAGGCUGAAUGGUCCUCCAAUGGCUGCUUUUCCAGCAGACGGUCCCUCCUUGACGGCUUUAGAAUUGGUAUUUAUAUCUUCGAUAUGACGUUUCUUUUCCCUAUCAUAAUAGAAGACCAAUCCAGCUCCAGUAGCAAACAACAAGAAAAAGCUCAUCCAUGAAACGGGCUCUCCGCGAACGUCUUUUCCGGAAGCACGGUCGUUUUUCUGAUCGGAACCGCCAUCUGAGCUCUCUGAUCCUCCGGAUUUCUCAUUUUCACCGGAAGAUUUUGUUUCCGGAUUACCUGAGCUCGGCUUAGAUGUGGAAUCAGAGGCAGAAGUGCUCAGCAAACAUCUCUGAUCCAUUUUCAACCUUUCGAUUCCACAGGAAAAUGCCGAACCGAUCGCGGAAAAGAGAAAUCUCCAUGACGAAACGCGUCCGAGAUGCACGCCGGAGAUGGCGACGAUGGAGUCAGUAGAUCGCUUGAGACGCGAAUUCGACGACAAAUUUGGAAGGGACGAAGACGCCUUGCAGUUUUACACAAAGCAGACGCCAUUGACGACUGAAUUUUCACUCGACUUCUCAAAAUCUAAAAGGUACAAAGAGGUUUUAGGAACAACGAGGUUUUACAAGUGAAC